UUUUACUUUGAUCUUUCUUUGAGACUGUUUUCUUCAUAUUUAUUGUAUAAAGUCAUGAUCUUGAAAUUACUCCUAGUUGGGUUUGCUUCAAUUUUGUUCUUCUCUUUUUUGGACCUUCAAGCUUUUAUUUGUAUUGGAUGUUUUUGUUGUGCAUUCUAGAAACUAGAGAUUUGUUAGGUAGGAAAUUGGGAAUUCUGAUGAUCUAUUUCCUCUUUGAUUUUUGGUGAACUUUGGUAUCAUUUGUUGAAUUGCAGGUUAGUUAAAGUUUGAUUCUUGGGAGAUCAAAGGUGGAACAAUUUGAAGAAAGGGUGGAAAGUAGAAAAAGAUGGCUAAUAAUGCAGCAGCUUGUGCAGAAAGGGCAACAAGUGAUAUGCUGAUUGGUCCAGACUGGGCUAUAAACAUUGAGCUUUGUGAUAUUAUCAACAUGAAUCCUGGACAAGCAAAGGAUGCUCUUAAGAUUAUCAAGAAACGUUUAGGGAGUAAAAAUCCGAAAAUACAGCUCCUUACCCUAUUUGUUCUUGAGACCUUGAGCAAAAAUUGUGGAGAGAAUGUGUUUCAGCAAAUUGUGGAGCGGGACAUUUUAAAGGACAUGGUCAAAAUUGUGAAGAAGAAGCCUGAUUUAAAUGUGAGGGAGAAGAUUUUGAUUUUGAUAGAUUCAUGGCAAGAGGCUUUGGGAGGGCCAGGGGGGAAAUUUCCCCAGUAUUACGCUGCAUAUAAUGAGCUGAAGGUGAUUCUUUUGUGUCCAUGUUAUUAUGUUUAAGCAUCUAUCAAUCUUUUUGUUAAAGCUGUUUGCAAAUCAGGGGCGGACCCGCAAUAGGGUCAAGAGGGUUCAAAUGAACCUGCUUCGUCGAAAUUUUUUGGUAUUAUAUAUAGGUUAAAUUCUGUAAAUUUGAUAUAAUAAUGUUAUAUUGAAUCCUCUUGAGCAAACAUGAUCUCGUGGACAGAUGGUUGCGCAGGUUCAAUGUUUGAUGCAGGUUAAGGGUUCGAAACUUUGUAACAGCAACUGUUUGCUGUUUUUUCCUUUUGCAGUUUUUGUUCUUGCAUAUCUUUUGUGCU